AUGGGGUUACGUGUCAGAUACCAAAGGAAGAAGGCUAACACUGGUACUGUCUAUGUCAGUAGGCUUCGUGUUUGCAGCGCUCAGCAGUCUAUCUCCAAACUGGCAGACUAUGGCGGUCUCAAAUUGAUUUCUUCUAUUUUCACUUCAGCCAGUAACUCAGGAGCAUACACACUGUUGGGAGAGAGCUGUUCUGAACGCGCUCGUGGACGCGCCAUGUUGAUGUGCUCCUGCGCACUCAUGUGCUCCCAGGCUACUGUUGCAGUGAUGGCUUACCCAAUCCUACCCCUGGACUUUGCGUACCACAUCGACUUCCUUGGCGUGGUGUACCGACCCUGGCGUCUACUAGCCUUCAUCAUGGCUCUGCCAUGUGCGUUCACCGCUUGUCUUCUGCAACUCUUCUACGAGAGCCCCAAGUUCCUCGCUACUCACGGACGUUAUGAAGAGGCUUUGCAAGUCCUGAAAAAUAUUUAUGCUACUAACACUGGCAAGGAUGCUGAUAGCUUCCCAGUUCAAAAGCUUCAAGAAGAUACUGAGAAUAAGACUACUGAAGUUAAAGAAUCAUUCUUAAAAUCGGUGUGGCAGCAGACAGUACCGUUGUUUAAGGCUCCCCUGCUGAAGGAGACCCUCAGGCUCUUCUACCUCGUCGCUGUUAUUUAUAUGACUGGCAGCGGCUUCAUCCUCUGGUUGCCUUACAUCAUGAACAAUCUGUUCUUCGUACUGGAGUCUGGUGGCGGUGAGGGCAUGAACCUCUGCGCUAUCAUCGAGUACCCGUCAGCUGCUGGCUAUGCUACUGGAAACAUAACGACUGUAGAAGUAUGUGACGACACGAUCCAGGACACUACAUUAUUCUCCGCGAUGACGUAUGGUGCCAUGGCGAGCUGUUCCAACGUGGUCCUUUCACUAACAUGUGGAAGUCGCAAGCGUAUGGCCAUGAUCUGCAUCCUAGCGAUGUCAGCCAUCGCCGCCGUCUUGCAAAAUGUGGUAGCUGUUCCAUUGGCUGGAGGAAUCUUCUUCUUCUUUUUCCUCAUGUGCGCGCUCUCCAUGGGCAUCUUGAGCGUGUACUUCGUUGAGCUUUACCCGACUUCUUUAAGAGGUAUGGUAUCCUGUCUAUCAGUGAUGCUGGGCAGGUCUAGCGCCUUCCUUGGAGUGAACGUGAUAGGUGCCCUCAUCUCGAACAGCUGUGAGGCCACCUUCUACGGCUGGUCCCUCUUAUUAUUUAGUGCAAUAGUAGUGGCAUGGUUCCUGCCCAAAGACAAAGCACCUAAGAAGUAA